AUGUAUUCACACAAUACAGAGUUAUCUGGAGAGGGCCACGCAAAUCCCAACUGGUGCGACAGUUUCUAUCUGAAGUUUACUGGGGUAAAAUGGACUAUCUAUUAUUUGACACCCCCCCCCGGCACCUCUGACGAGCACCUGACUAUAGUCCAAGCUCUCAAGGCCUGCAAUCCGGAUGGAGCGAUAAUCGUCACAACUCCACAGGAUGUGGCCCUUGCCACUAUCCGCAAAGAGCUGAACUUCUGCAGUAAAAUGAAGGUCAAGGUGCUUGGCGUUUUGGAGAAUAUGAGUGGCUUUCAAUGCCCGUGUUGUCGAGACGUGUACGAUCUUUGGCCCAAUGCGAGCGUGGAGAAGCUAUGCACCGAGUAUGGCGUGCCGUAUCUGGGGAAGGUACCUGUAGAUCCGUCUCUUUUCGCAAUGUUAUGUUGCUCGCAUUAA